GGAACCACCACCGCCGCACUGCCGCACCGGCGAAUCCAAGCGAGCUUCGGAGAUGCUGCUGGAGGAGCUGCUCCGCUGCCAGAUCCAGGAGUGGUACCCGACCUUCCGCCGCCACACCGUCCCCACCGUCAUCAUCCCCCUCCCCGCCGCCUUCCUCCGCUACCUCGCCGGCAAGACCGCCUACCCGGACCCCGACGCCUCCGACCAAGACGAAGACGGACCUCUCCCCUUCCUCCUCCCGACCAUCACCUCCGGCCGCACCCCGUUCCCGCCGAUCCGCGCCCACCUCCCCGACCCCGUCUCCCUCCUCGACCACGACGCCUCCGAACUCAUCUUCGACUCCUGCUCCUCCUCCUCCGACAACGAGGACGAAGACAACCUUCUCCGCCCGGCCUUCCCGGAGCUCGAGGCCGCCGUCGACGCCGCCAUCGCCGAGCUCGGCGGCGCGGCGCUGCCCAAGCUCAACUGGAGCGCGCCUAAAGACGCCGUCUUUAUGGCCGCCGACGCCACCACGCGCUGCACCUGCUUCGCCGAGGUCGCCAUGCUUCUCCGCGCCUCCGACUGCAUCGCGCACGACCUCGUCUCUGCGCGUGCCUCCUGCCAGGACUUUGUGCGCCCAGAGGGUGUUCGACGGAAUGCCGGAGAGGCAGACAGUGAUGCAUCGGAAGAGGACGAUUCCUGGUUGCACGACGGGUUCCAGUACUACCUUGCGCUCCGCAAGUGGUACCCGGGCCUGCGCCCCGAGUCCGAGUUCCGCUGCUUCGUGCGGGGACGGAAGCUGGUCGGUGUCUCGCAGCGCGACCCGUCAGCUUACUACCCCUCGCUGCCUGGGUGGAGAGCCGAGGUGCAGCCAAAGAUCGAGGAUUUCUUCGAGGACGUAAUCGAGCCGCAGUUUGCUUCAGAGAACUACACAUUUGACGUCUCUGUGAGGGCAGAUGGCCGGGUGAAGCUGAUCGAUUUCAAUCCCUGGGGUGGCUAUACCUUGCCGCUCAUGUUUGAGUGGGAGGAGCUUGAGGAGGAGCAGAGAGGAGACGAGGAGCUCGAGUUUAGAGUGGUCAUGCAGCAAGGCGCGGUGAGGCCAGGGUUAAUGACAGCAGUGCCGUAUGAUAUGCUGGAUUGGGGGGAUGGGAGUGGCUGGGAUGUGUUUCUCAAGAAGGCAGACAGUGAACUCAACAGACAGAUGGCCUCGUUGGAUGUGGAUUCGUAACUGCGCUCUAGAACAGGGUGAACAACGUAGGUUAUGGCUCUUGGUAAUGUUCUGUCUGUCAAACAGUAGAAGUAGCAACUUUCUUCAGAUUGCUGUGCAACCUCGCGAUGCUAUGCUGUUUUCUGCAACUUCUGUAAUGCUAGGUUGCUUGUAUGGGAUUACCUGUAGUUUUCUUCAUGUCAGUUAUAUCUUCUGGUAUUUGCAGAAAAAUAUUUGUGCUGGAAUUUUGUGGCUCAUAGCUGAAACUGCAAUGGAUCUCUUAUCUCCUAAA